AUGCCUAGCCAAUGCUACAUUGGGAACACCCUACAUGGCGAAAACCAAUUCCCAGAUAGCGACUGCUCCCAGGCAUGUGCUGGGGAUGGUAAACAAGCGUGUGGUGAAGCUGGUCGGAUUCAGAUCUAUGAGGAUGCAGCAUGGAGUAAUCCGACACUCGCUGAACUGAUAGCAGCAGUUGAGCAGUACAAUGCUACCAUGGAGGAACAAAGACAAGAAGACACAAUCGGCGAGGUCCUUGUGACAGAUGAUAUAUUCGAGGAAUGGGGCCUCACGCGCGAUAAUCUUGCCCGGUACCUCGAUAAGAUUUUAGACAGACUGUUUCAGAUGCUUGAGGAAGUAGAUCGCGCAAUCGCAGCGAACACCGCGCCAGUUAUCAAUGCUGCUGCUGCUGCUGCGUCAGAAGUGGAACAAGCGAUUGCGCCGGCGAUUGGUCUUGGGGGUACUUUGGUUAUAGCCUCUGGGCUCUCCCCUGUCGCCAUCUUCGCCACCCCGGGUGCGAGCCUCGCCGAGUUCAAUGCGUUUGUAGACACUCUGCCAAAUGACCCAGAGGGUCUCCAACUCACAGGGUCUUGGCAGCCAAAUUUCUUAUACGCGGGAUACGUGGAUGGGUGUUCCAUCGAGAAGCUGGGUGGCAACCCCUUAGUCGCGCGAUGGACUAUCGCGGAGGGGUCCCAGUCUGUAUUGGAAUUUGAUCAUGAUGGAAUCCUGGCUUGUGCGGCUUAG